UACCAAGAUAGAUACAUUACUGGAUAUCUCAACUACUCAUAUAUCCAAAUAAUAUGAGCUGAAUCAUGAUCAUGAUCUUCUUAAUUAAAGUGAAGAGCUAUAUCAUCAUCUGAAACCUCUCUCUGGUCUGCUUCGACUAUACAACAUACUAUGUAUUGAAUAGAGUAUAGUACUUAAGUGUUAAUUAUUAUUAGGUAGUAAUGCAAGUAGAGAAAAAAUCAGGUGUAUACACGUACGCGUCACAAUGGGCAAUGAUCUAUGCAUUAGCAUGGUCACUAAGGCAAGACAAGCAGAAUCGUGUAGCAAUAGGGAGCUAUCUAGAGGACUACAGCAACAAGGUAGAGCUCGUCCAAUUCAACACCGACACCUCGGAUUUCAUCACCGAUACUCGCCUUUUCUUCGACCACCCUUACGCUCCAACAAACCUCAUGUUCUUCCCCUCAGAGGACACCUCAAAUCCAGACCUUUUAGCCUCGUCGGGCGACUACCUUCGCCUAUGGAAGAUCCACCACGAUCGAAUCGAGCUCAAAUCCUUACUUAACAACAACAAAACAACCCAAUUCAACUCUGCCCUAACCUCUUUUGAUUGGGCCUCGUUCGACACUCGCAGGAUAGCUGCCUCGAGUGUCGACACAAGCUGCACCAUUUGGGAUAUUGAGAAGGAAAUUGUGGACACACAAUUAGUGGCACAUGACAAGGAAGUUUACGACAUUUCUUGGGGUGGUUACAAUGUUUUUGCAUCAGUUUCUGGGGAUGGUUCGGUUAGGGUUUUCGAUUUGAGAGAUAAAGAAAGAUCCACCAUUAUUUAUGAAAACCCUAUUGAGAAUUGUGCCUUGUUGAGAUUGGAAUGGAAUAAGUUUGAUCCAAGAUACAUGGCCACGUUUGGUAUGGACAGUAAUAAAAUUGUUGUUUUGGAUAUUAGGGUUCCAACUACUCCUUUAGUUGAGCUUUGUAGGCAUAAAGGGAGUGUUAAUGCCAUUUCUUGGUCUCCUCCAUUGGGGAAACAAUUGUGUUCUGUUGGUGAUGAUUCAAGGGCUUUGAUUUGGGAUGUGGUGGGACCUAGUUUUCGAUCCGACGGUGGUGAUGAUGAUGUGGAGCCCAAUAUGUGGUAUGCAUCGACGGCUGAGAUUAAUCAAGUGCGUUGGUCUCCCGUGGAUUUGGAAUGGAUUGCUAUUUCUUUCUUGAAUAAGUUACAACUAUUGAAGAAUUAGGAUGUUAUUAUUAAUUAACAAAAAUUGUAUUUUAUAUAUUAAUUAGCAUUUGAUAAAAGUCCCUUAUAUAUGUCAUUUAUAGUGAUAAAGUACUUGUAAUAUUUAUUCUGUUCUUAAUAAAUUAGCUCAUCGAAAUUUUUUCA